CCGCCCCGCAUCCGCUCCUGCUGGAGAACCACUUCUACCAACCGUUCACCCAUCCCUCCGAGACUCCCUCGCAUCCCCACACCGCGCCCCACACGCCCACGGAAUUGGAACAGCAGCUGGAACGAGCGCGGUCCGAGGAACUCAACAACUGUGAUCUCAAGGAAAACGUUGCCGAAGAUCUUCGAAUAAAGCAGGAACCAGUGGCACUGAACGAUCGGGACAGGGGGGAGAAAUUGGCGGAGAGAUUGUCCGGCGACGUGUAUCCUGGACGGGGGUUUGACGCGAGCUCGUACGGCACGAAUUCGGACCAUCUGCCGCACGAGGCGCAGCUGGGUCCGAUGGUGUCGAUGCCGCCGGUUCAUCCGCCGACUCCUGAUCAAAGCCGCGCGCCAGUGAGCAUAGUGACGUCCGCUGUGUGGAACACGAAGAUCAACAAGGCCAGCACUGUCACAACCAUCGACGGCGGUAAGAAAAUGAAGUGUCCCUCCUGCGAGAGAUUAUACGGCUACGAGACGAAUCUGCGCGCUCACAUCCGGCAACGUCAUAUGGGCAUAAGGGUGCCGUGUCCGUUCUGCACGCGAACGUUCACCAGGAACAACACCGUGAGGCGGCAUAUCGCGCGGGAGCACAAAGAUCAGCUCAGACAGAAGGCCAAUCAUUCGGUCUCGGACUCCGUGCAGCAGUAACAACGUCUUCGGCGUCGCUGUCCCCGUCGCCAGCGCGAUCGUCGUCUGCGCGCGAUGGUACCGGAGGAGAACACUCAGUUCCGGCGACCACCACCCGCUAGAGCUGAUCGCGAUGCCGAGUCGUGGAUACAGAGCGAGCGGGACGAGAGAGGAGAGGCUGCAGUAUAGGUACCUUCGUUUUCCCUUCGUCGUCGUCAGCGUAUGCCGUCCCGGUUCCUCGUCGCGAGGACAAUCUCUCCGUGCGCUUGCGGAAAAACAAAGAAAAUGUCGUCUUAGAUACGUUGCAGUUUAUAUAUAUAUACGUGGAGAAAAAAACGAUCCUGAAGAGAUUUGCCGAGUAACGGAAGAAGGAAGAAGAAGAAGAGAAAAGAGCGCGGGACGCACAUGGAAGCGCCAAAAGGCCUCGGACAACACGCUCGCGAAAACGCUGCGAAUCACAAAACUAGUCAAUGAAAGUGCAACGGUCAAGUAAGGUUUUUAUUAACUAGGAGCUUUUUCUUCAACGGGCGAGAGAGAUCGCGAGUGAAGAUAAUAAAAAAAAAAAAAAAAAAAAAAGCGGAACGAAAUAAUAGAAGAGCGCGGAUAUAUUAUAUUAAGCACAAUUUAUAUAAAACACAGAGUCAUAAAGCGCAGGCGACUGCGACGAGAGAACUGCACAACUCAGGUAAAAACAAAACAAAACAAAAAAAAAACAGAACACUCACAUAAUCGUGGCACGAAUACGCAGUUAGCGCGUCCAAGAGGGGAAGACAGAACUUUUGUAAUAGUUCGACAUUUGUAUACCAUAGGAUCGGAGUUUUACUCGCCGUCGCAUUUUUAAUCGUUAUACACCGCCGUUACCAAUUUAUACCUAUUUCUGGUACUAUUCUACUGUCGCUAUUGAGAAGUCGAGAGCCUAUAUAGGAUCGUGAUCACACUUGGGUGAUAUAUAUAUCCAUAAACCGUUACGUUACACGUGCACAGUGCCAAAGCCAGACGCUUUUUUACUCUGAACUAACUCACACAUCAAACUUUCGGUUUCGCCUUUUCGUAUAACCGACGCGUUACGCGGUGACAGACUCACAUAUCCGAAAUAUCGCGCCGAGACAACAUCCGAUAUACGCACACGUAUAUAUACACACACACCACUCAUACUUUGUACUGUACAGAUUAACGAUUUUAUACAAUAUAUUUACGAGAUUAUAAACUGCGAUUCUAAAAGGCGGACGACUGUCGUGCGAUUCGGUCGCGGAAGCGCGCACGACCGCUGACAGAUACUUCCUGGCGAAUGCGCCGAACGAAGCGGAGUCGACCGAGCAAUAAUAAUCACAUUGAUACGUACAUCAUUUUAUUAUAAUUAUAAUAAUAAUAAUAUACGUCGACGUAGAUAUCUUUUCUAAAGCGCGCGAUUAUAUAUAUAUAUAUAUAUAUUAUAAUAUAGUAUAUUAUUUACGCGUUCGCCACGGAAGUUUCUCGCGGCUGCGCCGACGCGGCGAACCGAUUACUACCACUUUGUUACCUGUUUACAAUGUUUAAAAUACGGACUUUUGUCCGGAGCAAUAGUCGCGUAAAAAAAAAAAAAAAGCCGAGAAAAUAUAGAAUAUAGCCAUCGAUUACACACGUGUGAAGGAAAUAGUUUUGCGCGCGAAAUAGUUGCUAUCCCGGUUAUAUAAGAGAAUAUGUGAUCAAUGCAAUAGAUUUAUAUUACACAUUUUACCUAUAUGUAUAGAUAUAUAUAUAUAGAGAUAUACUCCUAGUCAGGAUGGCACCCACGAUAUUACUUUGUUACAGUAUUUUACACAUUUAUACAGAUUUAUUCUAUCUUAUUUUGUUUUCCUCCCCAUUUCGAUUGUUCUCGCUCUUUUGUGUUUUUUUUCUUUUUUUUCUUUUGCAAAAAGUUACAAAUGGUUAUAUUCUCACAACGAUACCGCCUAUGCCGUAAGUUUAUCAAUGACAAUAGAGAAAGACGAUAUAGAGAAUUAUUUAGUAUUUAAAUGCGUCGUGCGCGAGUUAGGGAUAAUAAACAAUAGCACACACAGAAGAUUAUAUAUAUAUGUAUAUGGAGAAGCUAAAAAU